AUGAGAAGGCACAGCUUCUGGCUGAUUCUUGUGGAUACCUCUUUACCCUUGAUGACCGAAGGAGAUAGCUUCCAGAGGCUUUCUCCCAGACUGGCGCAGCUCAGAACCGCGUCACCCCUCGGAGAUCGAGCAGCGGGCAACGCGCUCACCUUGGGACUUACCGUGAGGAGCGUGUUUAUUCACGCCAGUGGAGGACGCCCAAACGUGGCGAGGGCCUCGGUCUGGGACCCCCUGGUCUCUGCCCCACUGCGGGCCCGGCCGAGGCUCACGGGGCUUGCGAGCGAGGCUAGCGUGCUAUGCGCGGGACAGCCGGGAACGCACUGGAGCGCAGACACCUCCUGGGCUUUGCCGCCCAGCCAGGCGUCCGUUUCGCUAACUGCAGUCGCCUGCCGGGGCCAGUGGUCUCCUGCGGUUCUAGAGACUCAACUGAAAGCCAAGUUCUGCGUCCGAGAGGGUAGUACGCGUGGAUUCGGUGUUUCUUUUCAUCUGGUGCGCUGGUCCCUGAAGAGCGCGAGUAAACUCGCCCAGUCCUGUGCGAAAGGAGAGCGGGGAAGCGUUUCUCGCCUGAUGGGACCAGUGAUACCAGUGAUAAGAGUUAGGAGCCCUGUGGAGCCCGAAAUUUGUCAAGACGCAGUCUGGGACGCUCCGGACUAAAUGCUACUGCGCAAAGCGCGGAAGUCCACUUCUCACUAUUUACCCAUUGUGAUAUUUCCAAGUCCACAGUCUCGCCUUACGCACACUUGUGGUUUGGAGCAGCUAAUUUUACAUGCAUUUUUACCGUUCAGAAUAAGCAACGCGGCAGGACCAGGGGAAACCUGAUUCUAACCUGUUUCUACAGACCUCUGUCCACACAAGUCUGUAAGAACCGAACUAGGAGGUGGAGAGAGGGGGGAAAAAAAAACCCGCAAUAACCCAAAACCCAACAGCUCUCUAAACCUCCUCCCCGUAUUUUCCUCGCCCUGUGUUUUAAUGUACAUCCUACUAGGCUCACAGGGCGGAUCUAGCCAGGAGCCCACUAAUCUAAAAGGAGGAUGGAAAGCCUAGCCCGCAGGCUUCCCUUCACCCUCCUGCUCCCCAGGGAUCCCUGAGAGUCGUACUAAACCCCGGCCAGGGAGCAAGGAAGCCAGAGUUUAAGGGCAAAAACAUGGGCGCCUGAGAGUGUUUCUCGGGUUGAGUGGGGCUGUGUGAAUCUCCUAUUCGUAGAGUUCGAUCCGGUUUGGAUAAUAGAACACACGGCUCCUGUUGCUAGCCAGUGUGGGUGCGCCCCACGCAAACCCUGGCGGUCCCGCCCACAAUCUCGGCGACAACAUCUCCCCACAACACUGCCACACCCCGUCGUUGCUUUUCCGAUGUUUCCGAACCCAAUGGCUAAUCGUCAGGAAGUGGAUCAAAGCCUGGAUUGAACAAGUGAACUCAGCUUUCCCUACCUCCUGUGUUGCAAAGACCGCACUCACUUCUGGAACUUUCCUUUGGCUUGGACCAAAGUUCUGGUCACUGCGUGGAAUGCAGCAGAGCCCAUGGUGCCCUGCUCUGGCUGUGCACAGGUCAUCUCGUGGCACCUUCUUUUGCCACUUCAGUGGCAAACAGUUUUCCGGACAAAACGGGUGAAUAAUGUUGACCCCACCAGAUCUUCCUGUAGGCUGCAAGCACCCUAAAGGCAGGAACCUUGUGUUGUUCCUGACUCUCUGAAACCUAGUUUAGUGCCUGGCACCAGGCAAUAAAGGAUGGCUUUUUGAAUGAAAGAAAAAGUAUGUGCUGACA